CAACGGGAAAUAUACUGGGAGAACGAUAAAAGUUGACACUAAAAAGAGUUGUGUAAAAGAAGAAAUCGCAAAGAGAACUCUUAUUUUCGUUGUCUUCAGCUCAUUACCUUAUUAGUAGCAAAUAAGCACUACUUGUAAUUAACCUUGUGGACUAAUAAAGUUGUGUUGUAUUGUAUGACACUUGUAAUUAGCGAAUUUCUGCAUGGUAUUAAUAAGUCUUUGAGAUAGUUUGGCCUUGGUGUGAGUAACCACAGACUUCAAAGUCUGCCAAAGGGAGUUAACAAAUAAGGACCGCAGCAAGCAAUCAUCUGCAGUUAUUUCUUUCCGACGGCUCGCUCAUAAUUGUUUUCCUUACAUAUGCCCAAACAAAUGCCCUAUUGAUAUAUAUAAAGAUUUUUGUCUCGAAUUUUUAAGAUUUUGAUAAAUUCUUCUAAAGCUGCAUAAAAAGAAUAGUAAAUCUACAGAAACUAAUUAUUCGCCAUUCUAGUGACUUUAUCUGAUCGCGAAAAUGUAAAUUUGAUCUGAUCGGAUCAUGCAAAACUAGUCAGUAUGUAUGAAUAUUCAGUUCAAUACCUCUUCUGCAUCAAUAUGACAAUAGUAUUGGUCAUCACGAGCAUCGUAGUGUUAAUUCAUCCAUAAACACUGUAUUUACAUAGUCUACCUUCGUGGUGGUCGCAGACGACAGUUGACGCGCAUGAGCAAUAAGACGAAUGACAACUUCCGGAAGUGUAUCAGGCUCGCCGACAUCCAAGUACCAAAACAAAAGACGUUUCUAAUGCAGCCAUCGGCCACAUUAGCAAGUAAAAUGCCGACAACUCCAGAAUUUCCGAAAAUGCAGGUGAAACUUUCAAAUGUCUGCUGUGUGUGUCUGACAAGCAUCAAAAUCAAACAUAAUGUGCCGAGGACAUCUAAAGUAAAGCCUGCUGUUGUUUGUUCAUCUCACUGUGUUCAAUAUUUUGAAUGUGUACAGAGUUUUUUACAAGGUUUUAUGCUGUGUGAACUCCUGCACAUUCUUGAAGGAAGGCCUCUACCUUUCAGAAUACAAUCGACCCUUAACUCAAGAGACAUACAAAAAGAGUACAGGGAUAACUUGGGACCUGAUCCAAAGCCUGAUGAGAAUCAAUCAAAGGCAAAUGAUUUUGCAGCAGCAUCUACAUGUGAUAUAACAGACUCUAGCAGAAAUUAUUCAAAAAGCCAUAUGUUAUUGAAGAAAAAAAGGCCAUGGCCAAGUAACUUGAAGCAUUCAGUAAAAACACUUCAUGAAGCAGACCAUUUGUCAAAAACGCAUUUCAAACCUCCCUUAAAAAAGAGAAAAAUAGAUCAAACAAAUGUGUCUAAAAACAUAGGGGAACACAAACAAAAAAGAAUGAAGAUUGCCAGAAAGAACAUGAGACAAAGAAAGUCAGUCAAAGAGAACCAUAACAGGACAAAAAAAACGAGACAGAAAGAUCUACCAGUUCCUGAAAGUGUUGUAGUUGAAAGCACAGACAGUGAAGGAAAUCCUUGUACAAGGAAACUGUACAAGUGUCAAAUGUGUCCCAAAACAUUUAUUCAUAAAUGCAACUUAAGGUAUCACAUCAAGAGAAUGCAUUCAGGAGAAGACCCUGUCAAAUGUGAGAGCUGCGGGCUUAUGCUACAAGGAUCGUAUGAUUUACUUCAACAUACAAGAAGAGUGCAUGAAAGUUACUUGGUAUGUGACAUUUGUGGAGCUCAGUUUACAACAAGCUGUGGACUUAAAAGUCAUCUGGAGGCCCAUGCAGGUGUCAAAAGUAAUUUUUGUGAUAUCUGUGGCAAAGGAUUUGUGAGAAAAACUUCCCUCACCCAACACAGACUUCUUCACGUGGAAGGGAAGUCUUUUCUUUGUGAUGUUUGCUCUCAGGCUUUCAAAACUCGAUCCAGUCUGAGUGGUCACCUUUUGAAUGUACAUACUUGUGGGCCAUACUUUGAAAACCGAGUCAAGAGUCUAGAGAAGAUGGGUUUUGUAAUUGAUAGAAACAUAGUUGCUAGACAUACCAGGCAGCUGUGUCUUAACUGUGGAGAGAAGUUGGAAGAUGGUAAAUGCCAGAUGCAUCCUGAAGUCGUGCAAGAUUCCCUGUUCAAGUGUAGCAAGUGUGGUCCAGCUGAAAGAGAUUUCAAAGACAUUGUUGCCUUUGACAUUCACAUGAAGUGGCAUUAUGAGAAGGUGUCCCAUAGUGGAAGGAAGGCUGACUGUGGUUGGAAAACAGGUAGUGGUAUGAAAGAAAAGCCUCUCGUAUCUGGUGAGUUCAAAUGUGAUGUGUGCAGCAAGAUCUUCAAGAGCAGGACAUACCUUUGGGCUCACAUGAACCAGCACAAAGACAAGAGAUUCUCCUGUGAUAUUUGUGGGAGAAAGUUUACAUACAAAUGCAACCUUAAGUCACACCUUAUCACACACCAAGAAUCUCGACCGUUUGAAUGUGAUGUGUGCAACAAAGCUUUUAAAAUGAAAUCCCUCUUAGCAUCUCAUAAGAUUCUCCAUGGUGCACCUAGUCCUUUCAAGUGUGAAAUCUGUGGCAAGGGUCUUACCAGAAAACAGAAUUUAAAGAGUCACUACAAAAUUAUGCAUCCUGAAACACAGCAGAGGGCUUUCUUAGUGACAGCACAAAGUCGUAGUGAGGUCGACAGUUAAGCUUUCAACAGAUCAACUUUCCUUCUGACAGUUAAUUUAUGCAGAAAAUUUAUUCUUUUUAUAUGAGGACAUAAAACAGUCCUACAGGACAACUGGUACUGGUACUUAUUUUUAACAUACAAAAAACAUGCAUUCUUCAUGCUUUUCAAAACCACAAAAUAAGUAUAUCGGUGCAUCAAUCAUCAUUGUGUAGAGUGCAUGUAGGAAGUAUGUAGCAGAUCAGUUAUGACCUUUAUCACAACUGGGCACCUGGAGUGUCACAGUUGCGAACAUUCCUUGUCAAAGAUUUCAUAUUAUUAAAAUAGUACAAUGGCAUUGUUCUUCGCACUUUUGUGCUAGUUUUUAUUAAUUAGAUCAUGACUUUGUUAAUAAUACUGUGAGGGAUACUGUUGAUGUAUAACCCCACUUAUUAGCAGGUUCUAUACACUUAGCAACUACUUUGCAAUGCAAAUUAAGGUUCAGCAAAUGAAUAUCAAGAGAAGUUCUACUUGCUGUCAGCAAGCAGAUUAUCACUUUAAAUUUAAUGCUAGUUUUCUUUUGAGGAGAAUCAACCAAAUAUUCUUACCUAAAAUUUGAUAAAGCAACUGCCCGACUGUAGUUACUCUGUUGAUUUCCCUGAUUGCCAACUUGACAAGCUCCAGAGAGCGUUGUAUUCUGCAAGCAUGUCUGAUUGUGUCAUACUACUUGUGCAUGACCUGCACUGUCAGUUCAGGCUUGCAUCUAAUUCAAGAUUGUCAUACUCUGUUAUCGUGGUAUUCACAGCCUUAAUCUACUUGUCUGGCAAGUCAGUUUGCCCUGCCAGUUUUUUCACUGUCCCACAUAUUGGACUGAAGAGCUUCGGCAUUGCUUACUCUUUCUGGCCCCAGCAUUUGGAAUGCACUACCUCUGUCUCCCCAUACAGUAGAGACAUUACAUUCUUUCUUACAUCUCAUUCGCAAACACUUUAUCAGUAUACCCUUUUAUUUUCUCCUUCUCUUCCUCUCUUUUCUUUCGUGUUCCUGGCAAUGUUUCUUCUUCUUCUUCUUGUUCCUAUCCGCCCCCAGUGGAGCAUAGGGCUGCAACCACACCCCACAAUCGGACCCGAUUCUGGGCGUCCUUUUCUAGUUGGUACCUUGUCAUGCCAGCUGUCUCCAUCUCUCUUUGGACUGAUCUCCUCCAUGUCUGUCUGGGUCUCCCAACCCUGUGCCUCCUGUGGGUUCCAGCCCAAAGCUUGUCUUGUUAUAUUGUUGGCUGGCUUUCACAAGGUGUGACCAGUCCAGACCCACUUCCGCUUCUUGAUGUCUUGGCUGGCAGGUUUUUGGUUGGUUCUCUCCCACAGGACUGUAUUGGAGAUCUUCUUGGGCCAUCUAAUGUUGAGGAUGUGGCGCAGACAUCUGUUGACGAAUGUCUGUAUCUUGUUGGUGAUGGCAUUUGUCACACGCCAUCUCAGAUCCACGUUUACAGUGCAUAUCUAUUCGUAUCAUUGCUGAUUGUGAUGCCCUUUGUCAUACAUCACUACUUACUGCACUUUAUAGCUUGUAAAGUGCAUCGAGCUUGCCUCCAUGUGGGAAAAUGUGCAAUAUAAAUAUUAUUAUUAUAUCUUGAACCAACAGAACUGUUCUUUAUCCUCCAGUUUGCAAAAUCACAUCUACAUGGAUCUUAUGCAAAGUCUGAUGAAGACAAAAUGUAGCUCUAGUAUGGUUUAAUAUUUGUUUGGGUGUGUGUAGUGGGGAGAGGGGGAGUCAGAAGGGCAUUUUCUCUCUCUCUUAGUAGAUGUGUAUCCAAUGUAGCAUCAGGAAAAAACAAGGUUUCUAGAACUUUACUUACACAGAAUUUUCACUGAAAAGUUGUACUCAGUCAGACGUCUUCACUCAUAAAUUCCUUGGCAACUAAUGAGAGUAUGUUGAGUAAGAGGCAUUAAACCAUAUGUAAUUUA